CUCCCUCGUCCGCCCCAUGGCCACAACUUCAAUCACACUUAGACCUCUCGGCAUUGUUGAGCGCUACCACGCGCUGCACCAUUUCUACGGCUAUGGUGCAAACGUCGCUGCAUCCUGCCGCUAUUUCCUCCACCACGAAACAUCCACACCACUCACGAAAGAGAUUCUUUUUCCCGCCCUGCGUAAAAUGAUCGAAACCCAGGCGGGGCUGGGUGUGCGCAUGGUGGGUGACGAGUCCGGGAGCACAGAUAUCAAGAGUCUCAGGUUCGAGCGGCUGGACAUCGUCGAUCUAGAUUUAGUGGUCGAAUUUGGAGGUGAGGAGACGGUCGAAAGCGCACUGCAAGGUCAGUUGUGCCGGGAUUUCGAGACUCGGGACCCGGUCCCGCUAUGGCGGGUGCAGGUCCUGCCGGGUGGUGUGGUGGUAUUUGCGGCACAUCAUGCCAUAGCAGAUGGGAUGAGUUGUUUGGCGUUCCAUCGUGCUCUACUCGCUGCGCUCAACGACCCCAACUCCGCGGCCACUGCAGAUCCCGUCGUCAUUGUCCCCCGCACUCUGACGCUCCCCCCGUCGAUUGACGACGCAACAGAUCUCUCGCCAGGUCUGUUACGGAUCCUGUAUGAAAUCGUUCAGGCCAUCCUACCCGCAUCGUGGACCGCCCGGGGUACAGCAUACACCGGCAAUCCCGUGCCGCCCGCUGCACUCCCCCGUGCAAAGCUCUCCACGCGACUACGCCUGCUCACCAUCCCUCCUGCCGACGCCGCAAAAUUAGCGUCAGCAGCCCGCGCGCACGGCGCCACCGUGACUUCCGCGCUGCAUAUCCUCGGCUGCGCGGCCCUUUCCCGCGCUCUGCCCGACGCGCAGAGCUACCCGAACAUCUCGUCGAACAUCUCACUGUCGGCGCGUACCGCGAGCGUCCCUCCGACGUCGGAUAACCUGAUACUCAACUAUGCAUCUGGGUACCACGUGCUCAUCCCCACCUCGCCGAACUUCGACUGGGCCUGCGCGAAGGUGCUCUCGGGCGAGCUUCGGGUGCAGCAGAAGGAGGGCGCGCGCGCACUGGGUCUGAUCCGCCUGCUUGGUUCUGGGUUCGCCAAUUUUGUGAAGAAGCAGGUCGGGAGCCGACGUUUGUACGCGCUGCAGACGUCCAACGUAGGCCGCUUUAUUGUUCCUGAUGAUGGGAUGUGGGCGUUGCGGGACGCGGUGUUCGCAGCAAGCGACACGUAUGUUGGCGCUGCCAUGAUGCUGCACGUCGUUGGAAGUCCAAGCGGCGAGUUAGCUGUUGUGUUUACGUGGGAUGAAGGGAACGGGGAUGGGGCUAGUUUGGACGAACAUGUGAUUGAGCGCUUCAUUGAUGCGUUUCAGCAAGGUAUCAUGGAUUUAUUCUGAUUGUCAUGGAAGAGUUGUGCAAUAUUU